AUGUUUUGGGGAGAUUAAUGAGGGCAAGAUAGAUCCUGGCCUGGAGGCUAACGGUGGCGGAUCUUUCCGCGCUGCCAAAGGGCGGCGGGAAGAGGAGAAACACGGGCACGAAUGCUAAUCCAAAGACAGCUACGGCGGCGAGACUAGAAUCCCUGGCGGAGGUGAUAUCCAAGAAACCUCUGAGGGCUGAGAAAGGGCAAAGCGAUAGCCUUGGCGGCCCAAAAGGGCGAAUUGAGAGAGCUACUGUCGGCAGUUCUGAGAUUCUGCCUACCCAGCAAACUCUGACAGAAAUGGGCGUUUUCCAAGACUGUCUGCUCAAUAUCGGGACAUUAAACUGCCCGUCGCAGCUGCGCAACUUUCCCUGAAGUCGAUUGGCGCCGCUCUCGCCCUUCUCGCCCGUAUGGAGGGCAGCGAUCCGCAUGCUGAUUUGGCGCAUGCUCAGUUCCAGGCGUUGGUGGCCAGUUUUCGAGCACAGAAGGAAUUGGCGGAUAUCCUGGCGCGUUUGGGUUCGGAGCAAACUAAGGUCAUUCAGCUGCAGGGUCAGGCGGCGGGAACGGAGCGCCGGGUUUCUUCGAUACAGAAUAAUUGUGACGAUGCCCUUGCCCAUGUGGCGGAGCUGGCCCGCAAGCUGACCGAAGACCUUAAUGCGGAGAGGGAGAAGACACGUUCUGAAGAGCGGGUGCGAAUCCGGGCUGAGCUGAGCCAUGAGUUUGAGGAGGAGAAGAAGUUGUUGGAGAAGGAGUUUGAUCGUGUUCGAGAGGAUGUCGCGGCAGAGAAGGAGGAGCUGAACAAGAAGUUGGAGGAAUUUGAGCAAAAGGAAACCGCGGAAAAGGUCGCCAUUGCCGCGAAGACCAUCCAGACAUACAAGCAGUCAUCCGCUUUUGGGAAGCAUCUGUCUGAUUAUAUGUAUCCGACCAUUGUGGCGGUAUGCAAGAAAGUUCGACCAGGUAACCCCGGGAGUCGGUGGAAUACACGCGACAUGGUGCGUCAUGUGCAACAAUUCUUCAAAGAAAAUCGGUCGUUGUCCGAUGAUUCAGAAAGUGAGACCGAGGAAGAAGGCGUGGUCGUGGUCGGGUCUGGGGGUAAUCACCCAAAACCGAUCGUUUUCACCUUCUCCUUUUCCUUUGUAUUGUCAGACACUGAACUGGCGGUUCACCAUUGCAACAUUUUGGGGCGUAUUCCCCUUUUGUUUUAAUAAAUGCGUUUUUGAAUUUCUUUGCAAGUUGACUUUUAUGUUGCUAUUGAGAGAGUUGCUCUCGUAUAGUGAGGCGGAUUCACACUCGUAGUAGUGAGGCGGACUCGCACUCGUAUGCAUUGCGUUGAGAAAAGACAUUCUCGUAAUAGAGAGGCAUAUCUGCACUCGUAUAUUAAUAGACACAAAGGUCAUGC